GUCAGGGUAACAUAGGACACCAGUAUGGGCUGUGGUGCGUCUACUCCCGCCCAGCAGAGCCAGCUUGUCCCCGGGAUGGUUCAGUACCCGGUACCGUACCCGUCUCCGUAUUACCAGGUGCCCGGUUCCACCAAUGGACAACAAGCCGCACCAACAGAAGUUCUCGAUAACGAUCGGUGGACAAAGGUGAACAGGAAGAAGCGAGUCAUAGAAGGACCGGAAUGGAUGCCGAGCGUUCCUGAUGACGUCACCAAAGAGUGGGAGACCACGUGCAGAAUGUGUAGUAUUCACAACAAUGAAGAGGUGUGGCCGUUAUCCCAGGAGACGGAGGAGGGAAUGCUGACGUACCCCGUCCUCGGGACUAGCGGGAGGACUGGUCACGUCAUCCACAAACCCUCACUGUUCUGGGAAAAAGAAAACUUCAAAGAACUGGACGGCCACGCCAGAAAGGCUCCACGAUCACUCAAUGGAGACUUCCACCUCCUGGUCAGCCAUCUCCUGCAGCCUACACGCACGGAGCUGGACAAGGUGAGAAUUCUCUUCAGCUGGAUCGCAGCACAGAACGUCCAUAACAUGAAAUUCCCCCAGCCGCCACCAGAGGGCUCUCCUGACUGGUUUCUGGAGAAGAUCAAGCAGAGACGGACAGACGCAUAUCGUUACCUCUUCAGCUAUCUCUGCAGGUAUGCUGGACUGCAGUGUGAGUUCGUGAAGGGCCACUGCAAGGGUGCACGCUGUUUCCCAGGUACGAAGUACGUCGGAGAACCCCCGUCGACCACGUGGACCGGCGUGUGCGUCAACGGUCGGUGGGGCAUCGUGGACACCCACUGGGGAUCCUACUCUGUCAUCGACGACGACGAUGACAAAGCGUUGGAAGACCUCCAGUCCCAAAUAUCCAUGGAUGAGUUCUACUUCUUCCCUAACCCUCUCCACUAUCUCAGCUCUCACUGCCCCGAACAUCCUAAUUGGCAGCUCAUCGAAAAUCCUGUACCCUUGCAGAUUUUCGAGUCUCACGUUAAAUGUACUUCUGCGUUUUUCGCUCUUCGCUUGUUUUUGCUCAGUCACCACAAUGGUCUUGUACACACGGAGAACGGAGAGGUAGACAUUUAUAUCGGUCUCCCUUCCCAUGCCACCACAAACAAGCAUCUGGAAUUCACCUACAAUCUCAAGACAAAGGAAGAGCAGUCCAGAUGGAGAGGGAUCAAGCUCGACAGGUUCGUGUCUCAGCAGAGGAUGAAAGGUGCAGUAGUCUUCACUCUUCGUCCCCCCGAGAAGGGCAAGUUUCUCUUCGAGCCUUACGUGGGCCUCGGCGGCUCCAAGGAUUCCUUCCGUAUAUGCGAAUACAUCGUCGUCUGCGACCAAGCUAAAGACAUCACUGACAACGCUCCUCUGCCAGACUACAAGGGGUCGUGGGGCCCAGGCAAGGAGGUGGUGUCUAAAGGCCUGACGCCGGUCACCCAUCCCUCCCCCUAUGUCCAGUGUGAGGACGGAAAGGCAGAAGUGGAGUUCAAGAUGGAACAGGACGUCAAGCUGACCGCCAAACUCUUCGAGGAAACGCUGAACGACCGUCACCUUCAGCGUUUCGUGGCCCACGAGGUUAUCGAUGAUGUAGUUAAGUUCCACGUUGUUGCACCAAAGGACGGAAAUCACGGGCUAGCAAUAUAUGCUAGAGAAGACGGGGAAGAUACUUUUCUGUGUAAUUACAUCACGCAGAGCUCGUCCGACCAAACUCAGAGCGGGGUCCCUUUUCCGACAGUUACCGAUGGUUUGUACGGGGCAGUCGUCCCUGCUUUCUCCGAGCUGGGGCUGUGUAGCAAGUCCAGCAGAAGCGCUUUCAUAGAGUGUGACACAGGGGAACUUGACCUUAGACUUGGCGCUGAUCGUGUCCUGGUUUACGACCACGACCUCUUCUGGGAAACCCUUGAAGAGAAGGUCAACCUUCAUGGGAAUGUGUUCAAGCAGAUACUCGAUGGAGAAGUGCAAUUCUGGCUCCGGCUUCCCAAAUUAGGGAAAUAUAGGCUGGCUAUCUACGCAAAGGAGCCUGGUCAACAGGGUGACAUGACAAACGUCAUCAACUACUGCAUCAACUGUACAGGGACCAGAGAAGGCCUCGGGCCUUUCCCGGUCGUUAAUGGGAAGCAAUGGGGAAGAAAACUCCCAACUUUAACCGAUCUAGCUCUCACGCCCGUCAGCCAUCCUACUGCCUACAUACAAGCAUCGGGAACUCUUGAGAUAGAGUUCGACUCCACUGAGCGGCUGGACUACACGAACCACCUCAAGCUGUGGAAGAUGGGCCAGCAGCAAAGAGACGUCGGAGACUUCGCUUGUCAUAAGAUACUGAACGACGGGAAGACAAUGGUACUUGUUGCGAAGUUUCCGGAGGCUGGGGAGUACAGCCUUGAACUGUACGUUAGAGACGCCGACGGUAAGGAUCAGAAUGUGAUGAACUACUUGAUCAACUGUGAGCAGUCUGCAGAUCCGUGCCAACCCUUCCCUGAAGUCAUGGCACUUUUUGCCCAAGUCCCCGGUGCUAAUGGCAGUCACCAGAGGGCAAUCAGUUAUCUCAUUCACGGCACUGACGCUGACGCUGCUGGGGACAGCGGCACGGAGCACACAGGAUUCCCUCAGUUCAUGGGCUGUUGGGGCACAGGGUGCCGUAUUAUGGAACCCAACACAAGGACCUUACCGGGUGGAGACAGUCAACGCUUCAAGCUCAGGGUUCCCGGCGCUGCAGGGGUCGCCGUGAUCCUGCCCAUCAAGAAGUGGUGUCAUCUCCAGCAGGAAGAGGAGGACGGUACAUGGGAGGGAGACGUCGUGGUGCCGCUAGGAGACUACACGGGGAGCGAAAUCAAGGUGGUCGCCAAGAUGAAGGACGGAGGGGACUCUUACCUGCCUCUGUUGCAAUAUAUCGUCGGAGAAGACUCCCAGGAAGCAGUCUCAGCCGAGGAAGAAGCACCCGAUCUGCUCCCGGCCCUCGCAGCACUUGGACUGUCGACGGGAAGCCACCCGAACACAUCCAUCCAAACCAACACUGGACAAGUGGACAUCAGACUGGGGAUGGAGAGGCGCCUUCAGGUAUCUCACCAUCUCACUUCGGAAGAAGAUGGCGAGACGAUCGACAUGAGUAAGUACGUGUUUCAGGAGAUGAGGGAUGGCGAGCUGCGCUUCUGGCUCCGGCUCCCGACUGCGGGGAAGUACACCCUCUCCGUCAAUGCAGCGGAGAUACAGUCACAGGACGAUAAGUCGGAUUUGAAGGACGAAAAUGAAGGGAAUGGCCCUCAAAACGUCAUCAACUACAGCAUAGACUGCACGGAAACAAAGAAAGGUGUGAAGCCUUUCCCUUCAGUCGAGGGCGGACAGUGGGGCUUGGUGCAUCCACAGUCUCCUUCCUUGGGUGUCAUGGCAAAGAACCACCCUAGUGCGUACAUAGAAGCUUCAGGAGAACACGAGAUCGUGCUAGACUCCCCACCUCAGCUGCAGUACACACACCGCCUUCAGCUGGCACACAGGGGGAGUAAGAUCGAGCUAGAUGACUACCUCUGCCACAGAGUGCUUGAUGUAGGAAAUAAGACAGUGGUGGUGUUGCGCUUCCCGAAGAGAGGGGAAUACAUACUGGAGGUUAGAGCAAAAGGAGAAGACUCAGAUGACCAUGUACCUGUAGCAAAUUUCCUCAUUCAUUGCAUUCAAGCAACCGUACCUUUCGAGCCUUUCCCGGCGGUUGCAAACAGACGCUGGGGACCGGUGUAUCCUGCCUUCACCGACCACGCCCUCCGCCCGCAAAGUCACGAAGACCCAUUCAUCAAAGCAGAGGAUGGCAACCUGAAGAUUGCCUUCGACAAGAGUGAGUUCUCUACGAUCUACUCCUCUCUAGUCCGCUGCUCUGACGAUGGUCACGAGGUAGAUGAGUCAUCCUACUCCUUUGUGCAAGACACGAGCGAUGAAGGGGAAACGUUUGCCGUGGACCUGCGCCUUAACGACACGGGCUACUACAAACUCACGCUAUUCACAAAGGACACUGAAGGGGACAACCACGAGGAGGUGCUGACAAACUACUUGAUAUUGUGCAAACACGGCCUGGAAGAAAGUGCACCAUUCCCAGAGCGGCCUAGUGGUUGGCAGCAAGGCUAUCAGCUACAAGAGCCGCUGGUUAGGGAUCUGAAGGCGAAGGAAACAGUAACAUUCAGGGGAAGGUUUCCGGGCGCUGCGGAAGUGGCUGUCAUGUUGCCUACGUCACAGUGGAUACAGCUGAAGAAGGGAGAGGACGGGACCUGGGAAGGCGCCGUGACCAUGCCGGGGAAUAAGUACAGCGGCGACGCGGUGACACUGAACGUACUUCCCGAUGACGAAGAAGGGGACUAUACGGAGAUCCUCCGGUACACCCUGCAGGCAGGGGCGGACGGUGCUGACGACGAGAGUCAUAACCUUGGCGAUGAUGUUGAAGAGGAGGAAGAUAUAGGACAAGAGGAAGAAUACCAAACGAUAAUCAGAGAAAACCGGAAAACGUUCGAAGACAACAUGGACCCAGUCAAGGUCAUCCCAAAGUUCGAAGAGGAGAAGUUCAUAGACGAAGAGGAAGCUCAGGAGAUGACUCUACAGGUGCCGACUAACGCCAACGAAGUGAACAAGGCCCUUUUGAACGUGAGUCCGCACAUCCCUAUUCAUGUGUUGCCCAGAACAUUAAAUUAGACAUUCUAUCUACAC